AGAGCUGCCGCGUGUGAGCUCCGGGGGGCGUGGACGCCGAUUGAUAUUUUGAUUGAUAUAUCUUAAACGAGUGUCGAUUCUGAACAUACAUAUAUAAAUCUAAGAUAUCAACACAUAUCACGCCACAGAAAGUUGUAAAAAAGCUGUUGUCCAACAGUCGAAGCCGUGUAGUGAUGAAGUGAAAACCCUCUGAGCUGGCACCGACGCUCCCGAGAACAAAGCGGGAGAGCUCCUCUGUGAUUGGCUACGAACUCGCGCCCCGCCCCUGGCUUGGCGUCGUUGACCAAUAGCGAGCCGGGGGGAGCGCGAGGAGCAACGUGACGCGGGAACGCGGAGCUCUGUCGGGGCCGGGCCAUGUCCGUGGCGCUGGGCCGCGCGUCGCUGGCGCAGGCGAGAAGCGAGGCGCAGAGCGACCCCCCCGCGCGGGGAACCGUGCACCGCCUGCCGUGCCGCGUGCACUGCACGGGGCCCGCGCGCGUCGCCGCCUUCUUCAGCCCGGCCGUGCGCACGGGAGACGGCGACGAACUCAAGACGUCGUUCCGCGGUCGGGAGCUGAAGGGCCGCGCCGUGCCGCUGCCCCCGGGCUACUCGGGCGUGGUGGUGCGCGAGGAGUCGGCGGGGACCUCCGUGCGCCACGAGGAUCGCAGGGCCACGGCGCUGCGAGCCUUCUCGGCCAUCUCGCACUGGAACCUGGAGACGGCUCCCUCGGGAGACGACGCGCUGCCAAUGGCCCUGGGCUGGCCUGCGCUGGCCGAUGCGAUUCAUGGAUCAGAAGACGAGGACGACUAGCGACGGUGGACAUUUCGUGACGGGAGUUAGUGUUUUUAUACAAUAAAAGCAUUAAACGUUAAAGUCUAGGCCUGUGUUAUCUCAGUAUAGUUUGACAAUGCAUGUGUGAUAACUGCCUCCAAGACCAAAUGAAUAUACGGCGAUGUCUUUGAGUACGGACUGCUUGGAAAACCAAUUCGAGCGUCGACAACGGAGUCCACAGGAUUUCUUGCGAUGUGCGGCCAUGCAACAGCAAUUCGUACUGCACUGUACAUAGAUGGAAUGUACGUUUAAAGCUUAAUAAAGAGUCAAGCGGUGUUGA